GGUUCCAGCCCAACAACCCCCUGAGGGGGUUCCUGGUAGAGGCUGUGUCUGCAGGAUCCCUUGGAGAGCUAGCUCCGUGCUCCUCCUGCCCAUCAGGGCAUUUGGCCGGGCAGAAGGAAAGAAUGGGGCGGAGUGAGCUCUGGAAAGUGGGAAGAGGAGGGAGUGAGGGGAGACCCAGGGCGGGAUCCAGGCUUUGGAACGUUGGAGGUUUCCGGCCACAGAGGCAGGGAGGGCCUCAGGGGAGCCAAGAGAGGCGUGGAGAGACACACAUCGAGGAACUGAGACCAAGAACAGAGACAGGCGUUGGGAGGAGAGGGACCAGGGAGGAGCUGGGAGAGGUGGGGACCGGGGGGCAAGUGAUCUGGGCACACUCCAGUCCCCAGAGACACCCCCUCCUCAGAGACAUUUGUCCGCAGCCUUGGGUGCUGUGAGCCCGCCCUGAUGCAGGCAGCCUGGCUCCUGGGGGCCCUGGUGGUCCCUCAGCUCCUGGGUUUCAGCCACGGGGCUCGGGGAGCCGAGAGGGAGUGGGAGGAGGGCUGGGGAGGCGCCCAGGAGGAGGAGCGGGAGAGGGAGGCCCUGAUGAUGAAGCAUUUACAGGAGGUUCUGGGGCUGCCCACUUUGAGGGGGGACGACAAUCUUGAGGGAACCCCUGCAGACAAAGGGGCCUCAGAGACUGAGGAGGGCCAGCAGGAGGAGGAAGAAGAGAAGGAAGCAACGCCGAUCCCCUCCUCCAGCCCCAGCCCCUCUCCCACCCCGGAGGACGCCAUCACUUACAUCCGUGAGUUAUCAUUAGGUCUGCCCUGCCCGCCAGGCCUCCACAUCAUUUGCACCAAAAUGAACCGUCCUGUCGCUAACGGGGGAAGCUUUCAAUUGCUCACGGCCCAGCCCGACUCGCCCACAACCCUGAGCUCUGGGUCCCGGCCUUGCCUCCCAAAAAGGGCGGGGCCACCGACCUUCUAGGACUCCCGAGUCCCCCAACUCCUAUUCCACAAACUCGGCCCCCAGAGGCCAUAGGUCCCUGUCCCCCCAA